UUCUUAUUAGAGUGAAAUUGGACACAGCCCUCCUCCUGCCUACACCCCUAUGUCGGGAAACCAGUUUAUCUACAGAGAUGGCAGCUUGGUUACAGAACAUGGAAUCCCUCUGCCGUAUCGGGCCACCAUCCCGAGCAUCAUGCCUGAACCCGCCCUCGCGCAAGGCUCUGCAGAGAUCUGUGACAACACUUGCUGCAACGGCACGCUUCGGAAACCGGUAGCCACUUUGGUGCAGGAAGAGAGCAUUACCCAGAGGUAUAGCGCUGACCCGACAGUUUUUGUGCCAGAGCGGGGGCCCAGAAAUGAGCUUGAUGAAGAAGGAUACAUGCCUCCGAUGCCAGAGAAGUCCAAAACAGAUCUCCUGAGUCCAGUGGAGGAGAAUCCAUUUGUGUCCAGGCGGAGGAACGGUGAUCUCCAAGCGCUGGAUAACCCAGAGUAUCACAACGGCCAACCUGGGCAGCCCAAAGCCGAGGAUGAGUAUGUGAACGAGCCUCUGUACCUCAACACCUUUGCAAGCACCUUGGAGAACGCAGAGUACAUGAAGAAGAACGGGCUUCCCAGGAAGGCCUUCGACAACCCUGGCUAUUGGAACCACAGCUUGCCUCCGAGAAGCACCCUACAGCACCCGGACUACCUGCAGGAAUACAGCACAAAAUAUUUUUACAAACAGAAUGGAAGAAUCCGGCCUAUUGUGGCAGAGAACCCUGAAUACCUCUCAGAGUUCUCCUUGAAGCCUGGCACAAUGCUGCCUCCUCCACCCUACAGACACCGAAACACCGUUGUGUAACCCCAGAAGAAUUAGAGAAAUAGAGAACGAUACCAGCACUCCUUUCCUUCUCCCCUGCCAACCCCCACCCCCCAAGCCCUUGUAAGCCCUCUUUCCCCUCCCCUUCUCUUGCCAGUUUCCCCCUUUGGUUGAUGUCUUCAGAUGGAAGGAUGCUUCUUAAGUCAUUUUGUCCCAAGCAUAUGGGAAGGAAGGAAAGCUGAGAAGGAAAAGUUUGGCACCCGGAGGGGCAGGAGGUCAUUAGAGCCAGUGAAUACGAGCGGAAGCAGGUGUGUCCUGGGCCCUGCUUGUCAGGUUAGUCCACAGGGCAGUGAUUCAGCUUGGGAAAGGCACGCGGGGUCCGUUCCUGUCAUCUGGAGGCUGCGUGGGAUUCCCUGCAGAUGGUAAAGUAGUUUCCUGGGGGAGGGGGGAGGGGGGGCAACUUUUAUAGCACAGGUGAGGAUCGCAUCACCACUGAGAUCAAGAAUCCUUGACCAUUUUUACUCUGCCACGUAAACAAAGCGUCCGGGACAGCUUGCCACCCUGCUUCCUUCACUCUGUCACCCGAGGAAUCCCAUUGAAGGCCAUGUGAUUCCUGCCUCUUUUUGGUCACUCCCGCAGUCUUGAGCCCCUGCCUGCCUGCCUGCUCAGACUUUGCCGCUUCGUGCUUCUGUGGGUGACGUCACGAGUUUUCUACGGGCCAAUCUGAGAACAACCCUUUUUUGAACAAAAUAGUAAUAAUUUCAGGAUAACCGCAGCAAAAUUACAGAGAAAUGUCUCGUUUUUAAGGGCAAGACACCAACCAGGAUUUAUACAUACAGAGUCCCUUGAUCGUGUUUUAUACUUGUUGAGUAGAAAAAACAGAAAUGUCCCUCUCAAUUUCUUUUUUUGUUUAUCGGCUGACAUUGGGAAGCAGAGAUCACACUGAAGACUCGACGGAGGGGGAAAAAUUAUAUUUUUUAUUAAAUCCACUGGUGUUUUUGAGGGUGACCUGCUGCUCACGCAGGUGAGAUCAGUAGGGAGCUUUUAAAUCAGAAAGAAGAUAAAAAUGCACAGGGGCCGUUCACUGGAAGAUUAGUUUGCACUUAAGUUAUGGUUUUUUUAUUUUAUUUUUUCUCCUCGCUUUGAACUAUGUUGUGGAAUCCGAAUGAAGCAAUAUGAAGUGACCAGCAAAAUAGAAUAAUGUAAAAUGAAUGAUAAUAGUAAUAGUAAUAAUAUAUUAAAAAGAUGACUGUGGAAAUGCCAAAA